AUGAAGAGCCUCCUGAGGUGGUCGCUCGUCCUGCUGCCGUGGGCAGCCGGAACAGUCCUCGCCCAGAACAGUACCAACUCCUCCAUCUCCCCGCUGGAACUCGUGUCCCAGGUUCCGCAAUGUGCUGUUUCUUGCGUCACAAGAUCGUUCCUCGCCUCGGGCUGCAGCCUCGACGCACUCGCCCCCUGUGUUUGCACCAACGUCUCGCUCCUGAAGGAAUUGUCUGGAUGCGUGCAGUCAUCCUGCAAGUGGCAGGAACAACUCGAGUUGUCGUACUUGACGGAUGAUUUGUGCGGCCCCUACCCACACCCGUCCAGAGACUUGGAAAUCAAGGUGGUGGUUGCGGUGUUGGCUGUGAUCACAUUCCCCAUCGUGCUUCUGAGACUGCUCUCGCGAUGGAUCGUGGCAAGUGGCCUGCAACUGGACGACUGGAUGACGCUUAUGGCAGCGGCGCAACUCUUGGGUGUGUUGUUACGAGUACGUCUUCAGAAUGGCUCUUUGGAUUUCAGACACCCGUCGCUGACAUGCGCUUGCAUAGCUGCCAACCUCGGAUUUGGUCUUCAUUACUGGAACGUCAACGCAGCAAAUGCCCAGCUUAUUCUUCAACUGUACUUCGCGGUGCAGAUGCUGUACAUCGCCGUACUCGUGCUGGCGAAGCUAUCGAUCGUGGCCCUUUUCGCCCGCCUCUUCCCCGACCGCAAGUUCCAGGUCGUCAACAAGCUCGUCAUGGUUUUUCUCAUCGGCCACGGGGUGGUCUUUCUCUUUGUCAUCGGGUUCGAAUGCACGCCCAUCUCCGGGAUCUGGGACCGCACCAUCCCGCGCAAGUGCGUCAACCUCAACGCGGUGGCGGUGGCCAGCUCGGUCCUCAGCAUUGUGGAGGAUAUCGCCAUCCUUGCGAUGCCCAUCCAGCAGCUCAGCAAGUUGCAGCUCGGGCUCAAGAAGAAGAUUGCGGUGGGCUUCAUGCUCAGCCUGGGAUCUUUCGCGUGUAUUACUUCCAUUGUUCGUUUGCGCUGGCUUAUGAUGUUUGUCGAGUCGUAUGACACCACAUGGGACAACGUCGACAUCGUGACGUGGAGCAUGGCUGAGAUUUCGUGCGCUCUGAUGUGCGGCAGUCUACCAGCACUCCGUCCUCUUUUCAAGAAGAUCCCGGGUCUUCUCACCACCAUACGCAGCACGCAUCACACUGCCGAGCGCAAGGAGACGGUCGACAGGGGUAGCAGCCUUUUGUAUCUCCGUGACAAGGACCUUGCAUCAAUGCCACCGACUCCCGCACCGGAGCCUUCGCCGACGGAAUCGGAGGGCUCGUUCAUGAUCAAAAUACACAUCGCCGAGCAGCUCGAUCCCAGGAUGAAGCCCCUACCGCCACCACCAUUGCAGCCGCUUACCUAUCAGCCGCCGUGGAGAGACAGCGGCCUACCACUAACCCCCAAAACGCCCAAGACGCCCAAGACGCCUUCGACACCUAUGAGUUCCCGGAGUUUCAGGAGAGAGGCCAACGCAGACUACGAGUUGGACCUGAGAAGUGUUGUGAACACAAAGACGUGGAUGUAG